UACACAGAGUGUAACCACUGACAGGAAUUGUAUUUAUUUAUUUUUUAAAAGUCGAAAUUGCUUAUCUAUAUUUUGUUAUAAAAAUCUAUUUUCUUAUUCUAUAUUUUCAUAUUGGUGAAAUUGUAUUUAUUCUACUGUAAAUGCAAUAAAGUUUCUCCAAGGCUGCUCGGUGAUUUUACACCUAGCCCUAAAUGUCUCAUAAAAACAAACAAUAAAGAUAUUUUGCUCAUUAAUGGUCUGGUUACAUAGUUCUCUUUACAUUUCUUUAUAUAGCGCUUUUCACGAUGCUCAUUCAGGACAUGACUAGCCAACCUUUGACUUCGCACAGAGUAGUCCGUAAGCCUGGUUCAACACCUCAUCACCCCAAUAAUACUGCGUUUUAGAGACGGACAUUUUCUCAGGCCUCUGUGUAGAGACGUUCCCUUGCGCUCGUGUUUCUGUGUAGUUUAGAGACGCUCCCUCUACACACGUCCACGCCUCUCGCGGAAGUGAUACGUGUGUUUGUGCUUCGGCUCGGUUCUGCGGCACUCAUGGUCCGUGUAGCGGCGGGUCUGUGAUGCUCCGGCGGGUUCGAGCGGAGCUCCGGCAGGCGGCGGAUCAGAUGGCGAGAAGACCCGAUCUGUGCUGCGGGGCGAUAGCGCUCACCUGUGCGCUGAUACUACCCAUAACAUUCACCUGCGGUCCGGUAAAGAACGUGGUGGCGGCCGCUCGCACCCCUGUGCGGUUUUUCCCUGAAGAGGUUCCAGUGGUGGAUCUGUUUCUGGGUCAGUUAGAUGAAGCGGAUCAGCUCCGAGAGGAUGCCGAUGUCUCUGUGAUGUUCUAUUACGCCCCCUGGUGCGCUCACUCCAUCACGGCACGGCCGCACGUCCAGCGUGUGGCCCUUCGGCUCGCUCAACAGGUGCAGUUCGUAGCGGUGAAUUGUUGGUGGCAUUACGGCAAAUGCAGAAAACAGAAGCGCUUCUUCCAGUAUCCCAUAAUCCAUGUGUACUACAGGAGUUUCGGUCCGAUCGAGUACAGAGCUCCGGUUCAUUCAGAGUAUCUGGAGAGUUUUAUUCAGAGGGUCUCGCGUCCACUCACAUACCUGCCCACCCAGACAGCCCUGCACACCUUUCUCAACCACUACCAGCAGCAGGGUGUGGUGGGUUAUUUUGAGUUUAACUCGUCUCCUCAGCCUGCUGGAUACCUCGUCUUCCUGAUUUCAGCCCUGAUCGCACUCAAACGAGAUCAUCAAGUGGCGGUGCGGUUCGCGGUGGUAACCAAUCAGGCGGUGGCAGAGGGCGUUUCGCUCACAGAGGAUGAAAGUGUGUAUUUACAUCGCCGUUUGAACAGCUCGCUGGUUUUCCCACGGACUCACAGGAACUUGACCGCUGAAGCUGUCUGCGAUUGGGUGUAUGAGAACAGGGAAAGCGUCGUCCACUGGAUUCAGCCAAUGGGAGCAAAGAGUUACUUGCUGGAGGAGGAGCUACUGAAAGGCCCCGCCCUCCUUACGUUCCUUCCCCACAAUCCCCUGCAAACCAAUCAGCUGCUGACUCAGGUUUCUGAGGUGGCGUUGCGGUAUCACUCUGGCUGUGGGUCGGAGGGGGGCGUGUCCGCCGUCUGGGGAUGCUGUUGGUCACUGCAGGGCCGAGCAAACGUUUGUGAACUGUGCUCCAGCCCCUCAGGUAUGUGCUUGGUUCGGGAGCUGCAGGCGGUUCUGGAUCUGUAUUUAAGGCACGUUCCGGUCUCGAGCACCUCCUGCGGUCACGUCCAGAACUCCUACAGUCCCUAUAGCCGGUACAGUGCCUGCUGCAGACCUCUGCAGAAACCUGAGCGUCGCCCCCUGCUGGACGACUCCAUCACUGGCCUGCAGUGUCGGACCAAUAAGACGCUGCGCUUUUACCUGCUGGACUCUGAGCUCAACUGGCAUCUGGCACGGAGACUCGGAGCGCCGGCCGCUCGCAGCGCUCUGCCUUUCAUCACCAUCAUCAACCUCAGGGACGAGACGCACUACCUGCUGAACGACACAGAUUCACUGGAGCGCUUCAUUCAGAACUUCAGCGUUCCCUACAGUCCUCUACACAGACAACUGAUCGGACAAGAAAAACAACAGCAUCGCUCACAAUCCCUCAUACAGGAAGUGACCUCGCACAGCUUCCUGGACACAGUCACGGACUCACAGAGGGAUGUGGUGUUGUUGUAUUAUACCGGCUGGUGUGGCUUCUGUACGGCUCUGAAUCACGUGUUUCUUCGACUGGCUCGUCUGUUCCAGGAAAACAGCGGCGUCACUGUGGCCAGGGUAAAUGUGGCACUGAAUGAUCUGCCCUGGGAGUUUAUGGUGGAUCAUGUGCCUUCCAUACUCUUCUUUCCCAGACACAGGAAACAGAUGAGUGUGAAAUUUCCAGAAAACACUCCCGUCACUCUCCCAAACCUGCUGCGCUUCAUCCUGCAGCACAUGAGCCAUGCCCCCUGGGCAGGGUCAGGUGGUGGGGCGGGGUCUAAGUCUCUUCUGGAGGCGGAGCUUCAGGUCCUGCAGCAGGAAGUGUCGUCUCUGCAGCGGGCUCGAGAGCUUCUCUCUCAUCAGCUCGCUGUGCUGUGGAGGGAAAACCGCCAUCUCACACUGCAGACGCAUGCGCUGGAAUCCCAGAAUGCCGAGCUGCAAGCGCAGAGCGGCCGCCUGGAGACGCUGUACAGAGAGAAAACACGUCAGCUGAGCGACACCGUUCAGAGACUGCAGGAACUCGCCGAUGCGUCUGAAGAGCUGCUGAAGGAAAACUCUCUGCUGAAAGUGCUGCUGGACGCUCUGAGAGAGACAGACAGAGACGCACAGACAGACAGGUAACAGAGAGAGAGACAGACGGGUGACAUUUGACCUAUUUUUAAACUCUGCUCUGUUUUUAGGACCAUGUAGAGUUUUUGUAUUGUGAUCAAUGUAUUAAAGCCGAGUUCACUGAAUGACCAAGAUUUGCUGUUCACUUAAUUCAAGAUGUUUUGCCUGAAUCGUAGUCCGCUGUGAUUUGUGAAAGGCAAAUCUCACGUGUCGCUUCCACGUCUGCUCAGUCCCAUCCUGCACACGUAGCGUCCAUAGGGAACAAUGACUUUUUCACUUAAGAUGCACAUAGGAUUGAUCCAAACACUACAUCAUACAUCGACAACCAAAAAGGGGAAAGUCUUCAGGCUAUCCGUUUCAAGCUACAUCCACAAAUACGAUCAAAAGCGAAGUAAACUUUUGCACUUACUUGAGGCUUGAUCACAGAGGCACUCAACAACGCUGUCGGUUCGCUGAAACUUUAACGGGUUCUUUUGGUAAACAUAGCCGGCUGAGAUUUUAGCAGACGUACAUCAUCACCAGUGUUGGGAAGGUUACUCUGGAAAUGUAAUGGGUUACAGAGUACAAGUUACUCUACCUUUAUGAAGUAAUUAAAUGGUUACACUACUUAUUACAUUUUAAAUAGAGUAACUGAUUACUUUUCUAAAUUUCUCACGAAUAUGUAAGAAUUUUAGUUUCAGUACUCAAUACUGAUUAGUAUCAGACUUUCAAAAUCCUUCAUCACUUGAAUUAAGAUUAUAAUAAACCAUACACUAAUAUACAGUGAUUUGUUCACUAGGUGGCGCUUUAGGUUAACAUUUAUCAUAGGAAAAGUUUCAAACCCUGUCUAUGUGUUUAAGUGCAGGUGACAAACAUUUGGUUCUGCUCAUCGUUUAAAAAGAGCCAGAGCCGACAGAAAAGCUUUGUUAUAGAUUAGUGCUAAGUAGAGAGACUGUUUGAAUACACCAGGCUAGAAACUACAUUGAUUUGAAACAACAGAAAAUGUGCAGGUUAUUUUGUAUAAAAGAGUGUUAAAAGUAUUUAUUUUUAUAGUGUUGUACAGUA